AGCACAACACAACAAAAGCAGACGCGACAGAUGCGGGGCGACUGCGACACGUCUGCACGAAUCAUAGUGGUGCCAAGACGCAAGGUUGACUACACAGGUUGAAUACAUGCAUGCGGGUGUCACCAGAACCGGAACAGUAAGGCUUGCGAACCUCGUUGCCUAAGGGACCAAUGCUCCUACUUGUACAUUCGACGUUUACUAGAACCGCAUAGUCCCUCACACUACGACAUAUCUACACUUUACAAGCCCAAGACCAUCACAGAGCAUACCAGACUCCAAUCAGUUUUACUAUGGCAUCAACCAUCCCCAACGAGCGCAGGCUGCGCCAAAUCACCGUCGCUACUCUUCUUCCUGCUUUUCCCCUGCUCAUAGCGUCGGGCGCGAUGGUGGGGAAAGAGAAUUAUAACAACUACAAUUGGAACUGGAAUCAGCACUUGUACCCCACUGUCAUCUACUUCGGCCUGCUCCCGACCUUUCUCUCCGCGAUCACUUCGGGAAUUGCCCUCCAGGCCAAACACGACCCGCUGGCCAAACGUGCUCCCUGGGUCACAGGGCUGUGGGUGUUGAACGAUCUUGUCUUGGCACUGGGGAACCUGGCCAUCCUGAUCCCGAUUUGGAUCAGCGAGCCGGCAGCCAUGGGGGGCCAUGGGGACUGGAUGAUGCUGGAGACAUACGCGACGGUGUUCUUGAUGUCAAACAUGUUCAUUCACACGUAUCUCGCCUUGUACCCGUUCAAGUCGCUGUUCAACUUCGAAUGCCAGAAGAAGUGCCCGCACUGCCACGGAAGGCUCGGUGGUUCUCAUGUGGAGACUGUUGCCACCAAGGGCGAGGGAUACAGCCUUCUCCGGGCCGAGAACUACUUGGAUGAGCACGAGGCGGAGGCCAGCACCGGCCCCAUCAGGCUGUCCACCGACUCUGAAGCUUAGAUGAUAUAGCAAAGUCUCACAGGUGAUUGUUAAGCAUGAAACAGAACCUCAUGGUGAAGUCUCGUGGCUGGACCGCGAAACAGAGGGGUUACUGGGUGAGUUUGAACUGGGGCUUAGUGCCAGGUGGCUGGGCAACUCGAAGCAUGAGUUAUGGGUGGGGGCUCGGAAAUGUGUCAUGACGUACUGCGGGAAUAUGCGCUACUUUUGGGUGUUUGGACGACUUUCCUACUCUCUCGUUUUGAACAGGCUGUGUCGACACAGCCAUAUCUUGUCUGUGACCUGUCAUAGCAUAUGAAUUACAACACACUCACAGGUCACCAUCAAAAUGAGUUUU